AUGAAAUAUAAAUGUUUAGUAUCUGCAACAAAAUCAUGUUCACCUCCUUUGUUAACUGUUAAUUCAGUAGCAGUAGAUCCUUUAUCAGAAAUUCUUGCUAACGCAUCAGCCCAAAAAAAAGCAGCAGAUGAAAUCAAGAUUGCUAAAAAAAAACUUCAAGAAUUUGAGAAAAUUUACAAUAUGACUACUGAUAUUCAAGUUCAUAAUGACAUAUAUUCAAGAAUAGAAAACCUGCAGGCUGAAAUUAAAUCUAACAAAGAUAAAAUUAACAAUCACUACUGUCUUGCAUCAGUAAAAUGUGUAAAACAAUUUGCUAGCACUUUUAAUGAUAUGUUAGUUAUUGUCUCUCAAGACGACAAGGCAAAGAUAGGUCUUGGAGUACCUGCAGUAAGUUGA